CAACCAAUCUCCUUGCCUUCCGUGGCAGCUUCAACAACAACCAAUUGUCUCUUGCUCUUCCAUUAUCAUGCCGUUUCGUAUACAAGAUUCAGACCCCGAGGCGAGAGCCCGGGCUCAGAUCCAGGAGUCCAUCUCGCCCGACAGAACCGCCCAGCAGUUCAAGUGUACUGUGGCGAUGCCACGGCUGCUGCAUUCCGCCGAGGAACCUCUGCCCUGCCACGAGCCCAUCGAGGAGACGACUGCCAUCAGCGCCCACCUGUCGGCGCGCAUCCACACGUUCUUCCAGCAGCUCGCCGCCCACGACUCCCAGACGAGAGACGCAAGUGCGCCCGCCAGCCACGGCUUGAGCAUCUACAUCGAGCCAGACACAUUUGAGGGUGAUCCAUACUGCUAUCACCGCAAGUACAACUCGCGCCGGCUACAGCUGCAGGACCCGGAGACGCUGCCGGACCUGCCCUUUGUGCGCAGCCUGACGGUCGAAUCCCUGCCAGACAACGGCGGAGACUGGGAGCGCGAGGCGUACAAGGUGCGGCCGCUCUCGCUGCUGUGGCCGCUGCGGUGCCUGGUCCACCUUCCGCGAGCCGAGGAGCUCCGGCUGCCCUGGAUGUGGGAGCGCCCGAUGCCUGGUUCCAUGCCCAGCCGGGUCGUGCGCGAGCACUACACGCGUCCCUGGGAGGGUCCGUUGCGCGAUGCCCGCCACGAGUUUGGCGCGGCCAUGGCGGACCAGGAGCAGCAUCUCGGCGGGAGGAGGAUCCCGGCCAGCCUGACCCGUGCCGCGCUGCACUUCUGGACGCCGAGGGGAGUGUCCCAGGAGGAUCAGGCCGUCCCGAGGCCGAACCUGAUCUACCCGGCCGCGGAUGACAGAGACCCGCUGUCUCUUGGGCUCCGCACCCUGGCCUCACAGCUACACUUCCUCGAUCUCCGCGCCCUGAUCACCAAAGAUCUCUUUCCUGUGCCCGGAGCACCCGUGGAAGAGCAGUGGCGACACAUGCGCCGUAUGAGGAUCGAGUUCCACCCGCUCAGGCCCGACGGACGCUGGUACUUUGUCGGCCCCCGCGGCGAGGACCCGAACGACUCGGCGGACGGGGGGUUUCGUAUCACCGAGGACCACUACCCGCGCGACUAUGACACGGAGGAGGAUCAGGAGCUGGACGAGGAAUGGGAAGACGACCCGACAGGCGGGAAAGAGGGUGACCAGUUCCCCGACAUGUUCCGGACCGAGCCCUGCCGGGAGAGGAUCGAGCCCCUGCUAGCAGCCUUCGCACGGGCCGUGGCCCACGGCAACAUGCCCGACUUGCAAGACGCAGAGCUGUUCGCAUACCUGUGGUGGUACCCAGGCGAGACCAGGGCGCCCGAGUAUGGUCUCGAGGCGUAUGAUUUUGAGGACAAGGUGCACCGGUGGGGGGUCAAGUACGUUGCCGGUGGCGACACGGAAGGACAAGGGCCGGUUGUGCAGUGGCAGGUCGGCGACUGGAGACCCAGCCCCGAGACCAUGAGCUUGUUCGAGAGCCUGGGACGACAAGAAUGGCUCGAUCUGAGUUUCGACCACACCAGGCACCUUGGAGACUUCAGCGUCACAUAUGGCCGAGCCGUAUGGGAGCCUGUCCCUACCCAGUGAAAAUGCCACGACCCAGACUUUGUUAAACAAAGCGAACGAAAUUUAAGACAACUAUAUGCGUCUUAGCAAGACCAUUUGUGCCACACAGGCUCCGAGAUGCAGUGUAGCAAUUCGUGGCAAGUUUUAGUGCAGAAUUAAGGCAGCGUUGAGGUGCUCUGCUGCAACCUAGCUUAGCCUGUCACACGACACGAUAAAUUAACCUAGGUAAUGAUCAACUCUUUGAUAUCAAUACGCACGGGCGUUUUUUUGCUCCUUACGUAGGACACCAGACAAAGCACACUUACUGCCUCUACUUGACUGGGCCAUCAAUCCAUUUCAGAAUGCGCACUAGUGCUUGCUCGACUCGUAGCACGGAAAGGCAUAAUGGCAAGUAAAGUACACACUUG